AUGCACGACGACAACACCUCCCACCCCAAUGUGCACAACCAGGUACCCACCCUCAAGAGCGGAUCGAACCGAGCGCCUUCCACGUCGAACCUACGCGAGCCGGUGGACGCUGGUGCCGGCGUCCGGUUGUUGUUGGGUCACUGGCAUGAUUCGGGAAGGCGCAACCCACCCGGCAACCAUUUUCGCCGGCCAAGUCCCAACACAUCCAUCAUUGACUCCGACGUCCCACGCUCCUCCGUCUCCACGCCAAAACACUCUCCCUCGUCACUCCCUCCCCAUGCUGCCUCACCCUCGCACACCACCCCACGACCGGCCCACCCCACGCGAAACGCAGCCGGUUUACAUCUACGGCAUCAACCGCCUGGUGCUUACCUUGUGGGACACAUCCAAGUCGGACAGGAGCGACUGCCACGUCACCUGCGCGACGGUGGUCAAGACGGUCUACAAAGCCAUGGAGAAGAACAUGGGCAUCAUCCUGCCCCGAGUGGACGAGAGACUCGAGGAGAAGGUCGCCGGCCUGCCCACCAGAACCCCCGCUCAUCCGCCAUGGACAUCAUCACCACUGGGGCUCUGACGCUCUGGCCCCGCCUCCUUCAACCCACCACAACCACCACCACCUCCCCCCUCUCCUCCCUCCACAGACGCCGCUCCUCUCCCCGGCCCAACGCCAUGAGCACCAUCACCACUGGGGCACUUCCUCCGCCUACGACGUGCCACCACCGUCAUCCUCCCUCCACCAACGCCGCUACGCCCCGCCCGUCUGGUCCGUCCAGCCCCCCCGCCAUCUCUCCUCCUCCUCCCCCUCCUCCUUCUCCUCCUCCUCCUCCGCUACCUCUCCGCCUCCUCCGCCUCUCCGCCUCCUCCUCCUUCUUCUCCUUCUCCUCUUUCUCCUCCUCCUCCGUACGCCGGAGCUCCCGGCGCCACUUCUCCUCCUCCUCCACCUCCCGGUACCCCCGGUCCAACACGAUGACCACCACCACCACCAGUGGGUCGCACCACCACCACCACCACAACAACAACAACACCGAGAUCGAGGCGCUGCGUGCCCGCAUCAGCACGCUGGAACAAGAGGUCGCGGGCCUGCGGGCCAACCCCCGGCCCCAAAUCCAUCAUCAGCACCACCACCACCAACACAAGUGGGAUGCACCACCACCACCACCACCACCACAACCAUCAUCCUCCGCCGACUCCGCCACCGCCGCCACUCCUCCGCCCUCGCCGUCUGCGGCGAAGCCCGCCGCCACUCCUCCGCCCUCGCCGUCUGCCGCCUCCGCCGCCGCAGCCCCCGGCCCUGCCCCCGCCUCCGCCUCCCGCCGCGAAGGCAGCGGCGAAAGCUCGUCGAGCGGCGCGAGCCUGUCUCGCCCGGAGGGCGAAUUACGCUCCCGCCGUGCCGCCAAGAAGCCCGCCCCAUCAGGGAAGCAGGGUGCUGGUGGUGGUGGUAGUGGUAAGGAGGGGAAGGGGGGCGGCGAGCCUCCGAAGCACCCUCCGAUUAAGUUCAAAUACUGA